GCCAGACUUGUAAGCAAGCACUAGAUAUGUCACUGAACCACAUCACAAAGGUUAGUGCAUUUCUUUACACAGGUGAUGCUAAUGAAGAUUGUGGUAAAAUGGUAUGGUGCACUUCUGUGUUUACAACAGAUGGGCCGUCGCAAUAAAAAGUCUCAAGCUGCAAGAAGGCGCUAUGUUCCACUGGACUUGGAUGCAGAAGGGCAGCGACAGCCAAAGGUCCAGAAGUCUUUUGCAGAUGUUGUGAAACCUGUUGAGAGACCACAGUCCACAGAUGAUGUUGAAAGCAGACAGCGGUUUUCAGAGGCCCCGCUGUCUGCUGAAGUUUUGCAGACCUCUGAAACGGUGGCGCUGCCGACUCAGCCUGCAUCUUUGUCCCUCUGUGACACCUCUAUCUCACCUGACAUAACUGAUUUUUCUAUCUUUCCUAUCCUUCACAACAACAAAACAAGCAAAAGCACUUUGCAUUCUCGUUCAAACAAACUCAAUGAUCCUGUCAACAAGUCUGUGCUCUCAAACAAAUGCAAUGAUUCUGUCACAAAGCCUGUGCUUUCAAACAAUCUCAAUCAUGGUCAAAUGACUUCAAUCACUCAACCUCUGAACCUUCCUCGAACAGCUAUGCAAGUUACUGACAACUAUGUGAAAGCUAUUCAUUCUUCUUUUAUUCAGCCUGUUGGCGUUGCAGAUAACUGUGUCAUAACAGGAUCCUUUCAUCAAGGUGAUGCUCAGUUUGGUGAUGCUGCUGAAAGACAAUGUGGACCAACCAGCCUGGUUGCAGCUUUGAAGUGUAAAAUGAAAAAUGUGUUGACCUGGGAUUGCACUGAUAUAAAUGAUGUGGUUGUUCAGGGAACAUCAUUGUAUAACAGUUUGAGAAAUGCCAACAAAAUUAAAGAUGUGAAUCAACGUCGUUCUUAUGUGUCUGUGACUGAAUUGCCAAAGAAGCACUAUGUAUGGAAUACAGGGUUUUCAAUAAGAUAUGGUGAAUCUUUUACUGGCGCUAUUGACAAUGAGAAUGACAAUGGUUUGUCUGAUUUGAUCAUGCCACUUGAUGUAGCUUUACAACGGACUCUACUGAAUUAUAAUGCAGGAGUGGUAACCAUACGUAGUAGUACAUUCGCUGUUGUAAAGGAAGGGUCUUGCUUCGCAUUUUUUGACUCUCAUGGACGAAAGGUAAACAAGGACGGACGGUUGGCAAGUUCUGUUACGUUUUUCAGUUCUAUAAACAGCCUCUACAACUACGUAGACCAACUAGGACGGCUAUUCAGACAAUCACUACCAGAUGAGGACAAUGAAGUACUUUUUGAAGUGACUGGAGUUGAUGUUAUGACAAUACCGUAUGAUCCUGUAUCCAGUAACAUUGAUGGCGACGCAAAUUGCUCAUAUGCAUGUAACACAGUUGACUUGACUUACAUCUCUUGUGAAACAAAUUCUACAAAAGCAGAGCAGAAACAAGUGAUUGAUUUAGAAAGUGAUGAUGAUGUUAUUGUAACAAGUGAUUUUGACGGCCCAGGAAAGUCACACAAGGAGCUAUCUGGUAAACCUAAGUAUGAGAACCCAAACAAGCGCAAAUCUGAAGCAAUGUUUGGCUCGUGA